UCCCAGCUUGCAUAUUCUUAUCCGCUUUCUCCUAUCUUUCCCCCCUGCCUUCCUUCUUCCUGCAACAGCGCGUCUUCAAGAAAUCUAAACUUUUUUUUGUUAGAUAUAAAUCUGAAUUAACAAGAACUGAAGCUUAUCUAGUUUGGGAAUUCUUGAAUAUCUGAGUAAAUUAAAAGAGUUUGUGAAGGUUUUGAUCUUUUUGGGGCUAUGGAGUUUACUAGUUUGGUUGAUACUUCUCUGGGUCUCAAUGCUAAGCCUAUCAGAGUUGUUAGCGGCAAACCGAAACAAGAAGUUGAAAGCAAUUUCAUUGGAUUGAGAAUGAACAUUGGGAACAAAGAUGAGGCGGGGGAGCUAAUGGAGGAGUUGAAUAGAGUGAGUGCUGAGAAUAGGAAGCUGAGUGAAAUGCUGACAGUGGUUUGUGGGAAUUACAAUGCGUUGAGGGAGCAAGUGAGGGAGUACAUGAACAAGCAGCAGCAGCAAAGUGGGAGCAUUAAUGAUCACAAUAGCAGCCAAGUUAUUAUGGGAUCAAGAAAGAGAAAAUCCCCCAGCAAUAAUAAUAAUAAUAAUAAUGCCAAUUCGGAAAGCAGCUCUAGUGAUGAAGAUUCUGCCAAGAAACCCAGGAGGGAAUUGGAACAUCAGCACCACAUCAAAGCAAACACCUCCAAGAUUUAUGUCAAGACCGAAGCCUCAGAUACCAGCCUGAUUGUGAAGGAUGGGUAUCAAUGGAGGAAAUAUGGUCAGAAAGUAACGAGAGACAAUCCCUGUCCAAGAGCCUAUUUCAGGUGCUCUUUUGCUCCUACCUGCCCAGUGAAGAAGAAGGUGCAAAGAAGCGUAGAAGAUCAGUCAAUCUUGGUGGCAACAUAUGAAGGAGAGCACAACCAUGACCUCCCUUCAAAGCUAGAACAACCCUCCGCCACUGCCACCGCCGCCGCCCGUUCUUUGCCGCCAGCUGCCGCCCUCAACGCCCAACCACGUGACCUAUCGCCGCCCAAAACAGCGCCAUUAGUGGCCAUUGCCAAUGGUGCUAAAACCGCGUCUACACCGGCGGGAAGCUCAUUGCCGGAUUUUCAACAGUUCUUUAUUGAACAAAUGGCAUCUUCCUUAACAAAAGAUCCCACCUUCAAAGCAGCCAUCGCAGCCGCCAUUUCCGGAAAAUUCUCCCCACAUAACAACAGAGAGAAAUGGUAAAAUAUUUAGGUUGUUUACUUGUUCAGGUCCGUUCAUAACACCAAGUCAAGAAAAUACCAUGAGUUUGUUCACUAAAAAUGACCAAAAUUUGAUAUUUUAUGUAACAUGGUGUUAUUAACUCAGUACACGUCUUUAAGUAGUGAUUACAGAUUCGCGGAUUUUUCUCUCUUUCAAAAAUAGUAGUUACAAUGUUUGUAGUUUGGAUAAGUUGAAUUUGUAAAUACCAAUAUUCAAAAGGGGGCCCACAAUGGCGCUGAACCCGGUCCAUGGGCCACUCUAGAGUUCGAAAGUUCAAGAGCUGAAUGCUCCUUUUGUAUUAUUAUUGGAUGAAUUCAAAAUUUCAAAUGAAAUUGAACAACCCUCUCCAAUCUUUUUUGA